GUCGAAUGCACCUGGUGGGUUUCCAACAAAAGUGUUGCUGCCGGGCGUUGUCGAAUUUAUUGUCUUUCAACCUCACCUCACCCCUACUCUGGCAACGACGAAGUAGAUAUUAUCUAUCUUCACCCGAAUCUGUUUUGCAUCGCCGUGAGCCCCGUCUUUCGCACUACUGACGAUGACGACAACAUCACCUAUCGAUAUUGCCACACCAUCACGAAACGCCUCAUCGUCACCAUCAUCCCAAGGCACCAAGUCUGCGACUGCAAGAUUUAACUCCGGCGUCGACGACUCGAGAAUAUCAGCAAUCAUGAGCGCCUCAGCAUACGACCAGAAUGGCGGUCGCCCUCGCCAGGAGUCCUUCGUCUCCGCGAAACCCAUUUCCAUGAACAACCCAAGAAACCUCGACCAACGACCCCGACGAGAGAGUCUGGCAGGCAGCCUUGUUGGCGGCAUGAGCUGGGGUGGCGUCUCUGUGGGAUCAUGGAUUCGAGAUGAUAUUAUCAUGGCAGGUACCUCGCCGUUCCCUUACCAGUCACCAUCAUAUCACUCGUCAUCAUACCUGCCAAAACUUGAGGCGAAUUUCAUGCGCGAUUUCUCUUGCUGUGGCCACACGCUACCAACUCUCCACGAUCUCCUCCAACAUUACGAAGAAUGCCACGCCCAGCAGACCCCACAAUCACUGCGAACUGCAGCGCAGCAGCAACAAGUGAGGGACCAGCAGCAGCCCAACAGCAAAGCCGCCAUCGCCUCGCAGGCGGCCAACUCGGUCCAGCAACAAGCACAGCAACAGAGACAGCAACAGCACCAACGGUCUCAGAAUGGCGGGUUCAAUGCCAAUAAGCCAGCUGGCGGAAUCUCGACACUUACCGGAGGAAUCCAGCAAAUGCGUCGCCAACAAUCCAACCCUUCUACGCCCACACAGAAGAUUGCCCAACCUUCGGGAGGAGAUGAUAUGGACGGAGUGGAGGACAUGGAGAUGGACGACCCAGUUGGCCCUAUGGAUCCAGUGGAUGGCUCUGUCAAUCGGCCGGUUGCACCGCAGUCGAUGUUUGGACAGCAACAACGACAGAAUAACAUGACCAAUACUGGUGGAAUGCUACAUCAAGGCCUUCGUACGUCCCAGCCAAGCACCCCCUCCGCCGCAGGUUUUGGUUUCCAGAACAACCCGACAGUCUCAUCUGUCAACACGCCAACCCUGAACGCUCAGCUUUCCCAGCAAAAUAAUCCCAAAUUCUCUCCUGACAUUUCCAUACCAGGCACCCCAGCAGAACUGGAUGAUGACUUCAACACGAUGAAUAUGGACAUGAACAACAUCGGGAACAUGAACAUGAAUACGAACAAUAUGAACUUCCCCUACGGGUUCGGCAACGACUUGGGCCUGGAGCUCUGCAUCGACGAGCCUGCGAAGAGGCUGUUUAGCCCGAACGGCGGAUUUGGGAACCAGAAGGCCCUCCAACAACAGUUUGCGCAGUUCGGACUCGGAAACGGCCAGUUUGCGAAUAACGACGACCUCGUGCGGAGACUCCGCCAGCAGCAGAUGAUGCAAAUGCAAGGAUUUGGAAAUGCUUCGGCGGCGAUGAUGAUGGGCGGAGAGGAGCACAAGCCUUUCCGCUGUCCUGUUAUUGGAUGCGAGAAGGCGUACAAGAACCAGAACGGUCUCAAAUACCACAAGACCCACGGCCAUCAAACUCAGCAAUUACAUGAGAACGGCGACGGAACAUUCUCAAUCGUCAACCCCGAGACCUCCGCUCCAUAUCCUGGUACUCUUGGCAUGGAGAAGCAGAAGCCUUACAAGUGCGACGUCUGCGGCAAGCGAUACAAGAACUUGAACGGUCUCAAAUACCACAAACAACACUCCCCGCCCUGCAACCCCGAGAUGAAGCUCAACGGCCACCUCCAAGCAGCCGGCCUCAGCAACAUCAACGGCGGCAUCAACGUCAACGUCCCCGGCCUCCCCGGCAUCGGCGAGGAAGGCAUGCUCUGACAUCCCCCCGAGCGACGGAUACACCAUAACACUCACUUCGGCCCAACACACUUGCUCCUCCACUGCGUCGGACGGUUUUUAUUGCAUUAUUUCUUCCUCUUUGGGCCAUCAUCAUUUCAUCAUGCAUUUGCGCGGCGUUAAAACAAAUGAGGCCACACGAUACCCCGGGGCACGCAGCGCCGCGCUCGAGAGCUAGCGACGCUACAAUAAAGGUCGAUGCACUCACUUUACGCCCUGAUGGCCUUACCUCCCCCUCCACACCAUCACACACACAUGUACUCGCUCAGCCGAGUUCUCAUUAGAAAAACUUCCUUUACUUACCUCGUCAUGGAUUUUAUAAUUACCGGCCUCACUCACGAUUUAAGAGAGAGCGCCAAGCCCCAAAAGUGCAGCGCUUUUUUACUUUUUACAGUACACUGAACGAAUACGUUUUACCUUCCCGCUUGUUUUUUUGCUGUGCUUGCUCCUUGCCAUGCUUUUUCUUGCUUUUUUGCUCUCUGCUGUUUCUUGGGUUUGAUGGUUGGAGUGCUACGGAAGGGGUUGUGGUUGCGGUUUGGCCACCAUCGGGGUUUUCACUUCGCAUUAUGGCGUAAUUACGAUUUUUGUACAUGGAUCUAUUUGCCUUUUUCGUCAAUUCCUCAUCUUCAUCUUCAUGUUGAUAUUUAUAAUAAAGGGCAUGCAAGCUGUCAUAGCUACGUCUGUUUUAGCAGAAGUUGAGAGGGAUAAAGAGAGGGGGGAAAGAAAGGACUGGAAUGUUUUUGGAUCACUGUCGAGAGGAGUCAUGAGGAUUAGGGGAGCCAGCGAGAGGGAUGAAACAGAACGGGUCGGUCAAUCAAUGACGGAGUUUUUACUUAUUUUACUUUAGAUCGGGG